CGUCAUUUUUAUAAGCGCGUCAUCAAAAUCAAUUAAGUGUUAAUUCGAAGCAUUCGACAUUUUUAUGAARCGUCAUCAAAACCCAAUUAACUGCCAUGUUCGCGCGCGCGUGAAUGUUUACAAUUUAAUCAAUUUUUGAAGUCUAAAACAAAAUGUACGUAGAACAACCCAGAAAGAGAGGUAGUAACAACCUCRCAAGAAAGGUGGUUGGAGGCGUGGUGAUGGUAGCAGUGUGUGUGACAGUUGGAAUUCUGGUCAUCUAUGCCAUCAAGAAGAUUGCCGAGUCAGACAUGCCUCCAACGAAAGAACCGGAAUCUAUGAGGGUCUUCACAAACAGCCAAGCUGUUGGCAGGCAUGGCCCAACAAAACUUCRCUACAAGGAUCGUAGAUUGAUCAAUGAAGUGACGCUUCACAAUGGUAUUCAACAUUGGACGGUACCACAAACUGGCAUCUGGAKGUUAGAGGCUCGCGGAGCMUCAGGUGCAGACGGUCUGCUAAAAGGAGGGACGCGYCUACAUGGCGGCAAAGGCGCACAAAUAAGCGGGAAAUUUAUGCUGAAGAAAGGAGACAAGCUAAAGAUUCUGAUUGGACAAGAAGGGACACGUGAUUUUUUGGAUCCUCGUCGACCUGGUGGAGGUGGUGGAGGAACGUUCGUCGUGAAGAAGAAUGGAAAACCUCUGCUCAUUGCCGGUGGGGGAGGGGGUGGGGGAAUUCCUCCACCUGCAGCGUUCCAGACCGAAGGCCGAGGAGCAAGACCAAACGACCACCUCUACAAACACGACCAUGCAAGUGGUCGGAAAGGCAAAGGAGGAAAACUAUAUGACACAGACGCAGCCAAACUAAUUACUGACUCUGGAGGAGCCCACAAAGUYAUCGCAGGUGCGGGGGGYGGUUUCCACGGAGAUGGAUUAGGCUACCACAAGAAUUGGGGCGGCAAGAGCUUCAUCCAUGGUGGUAUAGGAGGAGAAGCUACGCCMGUUUAURCYAGGCACAGCCAUGGUACACGUGGAGAAGGAGGCUUCGGYGGYGGGGGUGCGGCAGGGCUGCUACCCGGUGGUGGUGGUGGAUACUCCGGGGGUGGAGUCAGUGGGUGUUGGUUGGAGUGUGGUAAAGGGAAGGAGGCUGGAACCGCACAGGGCGGGAGCAAAUACCUAGACGUUCAGGACGCCCCUCAUAUCUCAAAAUCAAAUCCCAUUUAA